GCCCCGGCCCCGGCGAGGGGCGCGAUGGAGGCUCCGCGCCUGGCGCACACCAUGAGCAGCCCCACCAGCCCCUGCGAGGAGGUGAUCAAGAACCUGAGCCUGGAGGCGAUUCAGCUCUGCGACCGGGACGGGAAUAAAUCACAAGAUAGUGGGAUAGCAGAGAUGGAGGAACUGCCAGUCCCGCAUAACAUCAAAAUAAGCAACAUCACAUGCGAUUCCUUCAAGAUUUCUUGGGAUAUGGAUUCUAAAUCCAAGGACCGGAUCACUCAUUACUUCAUCGAUCUCAACAAGAAAGAAAACAAGAAUUCGAACAAAUUUAAACACAAGGAUGUACCCACUAAAUUGGUGGCCAAAGCUGUUCCUUUGCCUAUGACAGUCCGUGGGCACUGGUUCUUGAGCCCAAGAACCGAAUACACAGUAGCAGUGCAGACAGCAUCAAAGCAAGUUGAUGGCGAUUAUGUUGUUUCCGAGUGGAGUGAAAUCAUCGAAUUUUGCACAGCAGAUUAUUCAAAAGUUCACCUAACACAGCUUUUGGAAAAAGCUGAAGUGAUCGCAGGCCGUAUGCUUAAACUGUCUGUUUUUUCGAAUCAGCACAAAGAAUACUUUGAUUAUAUGAGGAACAAUUCCUUGGCACAUGGGCCAUAUGGUGUCAUAGCUAGUAAACAAACAAGUCUGAAGAUGCAAACAAACAGUAGCUUUAGUAGCAUAGGAUAGCAUAAGCAAACAAGCAACUGUCACUGUACUACAGCAGCAACCCAAAGUAAGUAAGUAAUUAAAGUAUGGUGCUUUUAAUGUGGCCUUCUUAUAAAUAAAUAACGUAACAAACAAACACCUCAUUUUUGCUGCUUACCUUCACUGGAAACAGCCUAAAGUAAUGACCUAUAAUUAGUUUAAUUGGACACUGGGUGUCAGUAUCUUGCCGCAGAAAUAAAAC